AUGUGGUUCUUUGGGAACCAGACGCUCUCAGCGUUGCUGACCUUCCAGGCAAGUGUUGGGCUACCAGAGACGGGAGCGUGUGAUGAGGCCACUUGGAAUGCGCUUCUGGGCCCUGAAACCAUCCGGAUGCGUCUCAUUGAGGCUGCGGCCCUGGAUUUGUUGGGCGAUGGUGGUGCGAGCCCCCCAGGGGCACCUGCUGGGCAGGGGGCCACCUCGAAUGGAAGUCUAGGCUCACAGAGCUUCUCUAGUGGCGCUUAUGCAAAGCAGGAGGUUCAUGCUCCCAGCGACAGCGGGGCGAGCAGCCAGCAGAGGCAAGCUGCACGGCUCACCAGUUGGCCUGUCCUGCGGGAAGGAGAAGGUGGUGCAGAGGUGCAUGGGCUGCAGAUUGCCUUGAACAACAAGGGGUACUACUGCGGGGAGGAUGACUGCGUCUGGUGGCAGUUCGGCAUGGACACUUACAGCUCCUUGCUGACCUUCCAGGCAUGCAACGGUCUGUCGGAGACUGGCGUCUCAGAUGCGGCCACAUGGAAAGCUUUGCUGGGCCCCGAUGCAUGCCCCUCUGAUGUCCUGGAGCUGAAGAGCGGUGAUGACACGGACGACGAUCUUCAGGAGGGUGACACAGUCUGGCUGCUGGGUGAGCAGCGCUGGGAAGUGCGCAUAUGAACGCUGUCAGUUUUGGGCAGCACCUGAGGACCUUUUUCGUUGUACGAGCAGUGAUUCUCUUGCAGAGUUGAAGUCUUGCAAUGCAGCAAGAUAACAGUCUCACUGACGCAUAGAACGUGAAGUUAGAUAAAUGGAGUGUUGCCAUCGACAGACUCGGAGAAUGAGUCUCCCCAUAAAAGCUUGAGAGCAC